AAGAAGGUUUGGGCUUUGUUUCGACGACGUGUGGCGCAGAGUAUCAUGGGAUUGAGUGAUUUCUCCGUUUUUGCCCUUUCCAGAUGUCUUCGGUAUGGAAAGAGGAUAUGUAGAGCAUAUUGGAUUCAGAGUGCAUAGUGCAAACUACCGAUAUCUUGUCGCCAUAGCUCGCUCGCUGGCCUGCCGGCGAGCGUCAUUUCCGAGUGAGCACGAAGUUCGCGAUGUCCGUUUCCCAAAAUCAGAUUUCGCGCGUUCGUCAUCACUUUUCUUUUAUACUUUGACUUUCAUUUCGGGAGUUGGUGGAUACCAGCAUAAUGCGCUUUUUUAUUUUGCAGGCUAAGUAGAUGGACUAAUGGGAUCUGCAAACAUGUCUAGUGCAGGCUGUGACUCGUUGUUUUCCUUUUAGACGGUGUGGAUCU